AUGUUCAGUACCCUGUUUCCAGCCGUGUCAGCUUUCCCGAACUCGACGCCCGAUUUCCUGAGCACUGGAAAGAGCGGGACGUGUUCCGCCGUGCCGGAACGAGCGGGAGGGCGCGCCGCGUUCAUGCUCUACGACGGGCCUCCCACCGCCAACGGCAGCCCGGGCAUCCAUCACGUGCUGGCCCGCAUUUUCAAGGACGUCAUCUGCCGCUACCGCACCAUGAAGGGCUACCAGGUGCUGCGCAAGGGCGGCUGGGACACCCACGGCCUGCCCGUGGAGCUGGGUAUCGAGCAGGACUGGGCCUCACCAGCAAGCGCGACAUCGAGGAGUACGGGAUCGAAGAGUUCAACCAGAGAUGCCGCGAGAGCGUCUUCCGCUACUGUCCAAAGAGUGGGAGGAGAUGACCGACCGCAUCGGCUUCUGGGUGGACAUGGACGACCCUACGUCACCCUGGAGAACGACUACAUCGAGUCGGGCUGGUGGAUUCUCAAGACGCUGUGGGACCGGGGGCUGCUCUACCAGGGUAUGCGGGGGCACGCCCCACUGCCCGCGAUGCGUCACCAGCCUCAGCUCCCACGAGCUGGCCCUGGGCUACCAGGAAGACACGCCGACCCGUCGGUGUUCGUAAAGUUCUCGUCGAGUCCGCAGGUACCCGCCCAUCCAUCCCCGACCCACUGGACGUCGGCGGCAUCCCCGCCUUCCUGCUGGCGUGGACGACGACGCCCGUGGACCCUCCCCGGAAACACCGCCCUUGCAGUUGAUCGGAAUCGGAGUAUUCCGUCGUCGGAGCUGGAGGAAAACGGUCCAGGGAACGCAUCGCUCUGGCCACCGCGCUGGUGGAGGACAACAUCCGGCAGGAGCACACCGUCGUCGGGACGCUGCCGGGGCAGCGAGCUGGUUGGCCUCGCCUACACACCCUUGUAUCCGCCCGCCAGUUUCGGCUCCAGGAUCAGCCGUUUCGAGUCGGGAGUGCUGUCAUCGUCGGAUGGGGAGCAGGAUUUCGCUCCCAGGUGGUUGCCGCCGACUUCGUUUCCAUGGAAGACGGCACCGGGCAUCGUCCACAUCGCGCCGGCCUUCGGUGACGAGGACCUGGGGCUGGGACGGGAGAAGGGGCUGAACUUCGUGCAGCCGUGGACCUGCAGGGCAUCAUCACCGGCGACUACCCCUUCGCUGGGCAAGUUCGUGAAGGACGCCGACCCGGAGAUCAUGGCGAUCUCAAGGAGCGCGGCCUGCUGCAUCAUCGCGACAUCUACCACCACACCUACCCCUUUCUGCUGGCGCUGCGACACGCCGCUGCUCUACUACGCCAAGAGCUCGUGGUACAUCCGCACCUCGGCGCUGAAGGACGACCUCGUUGACGGGCAAAACAGCCGCAUCAACUGCCUGCACGCGCUGUCGACACUGCUGAAAGGCGAGCCGUCCUACAAGAACGUCAUCUGCCUGGGCCUGAUCCUGGACGAGCGCGGGCGCAAGAUGAGCAAGCGCGUGGGCAACGUGGUGGAGCCGCUGCCGCUGCUGGACGAGCACGGCGCCGACGCACUGCGCUGGUACCUGUUCACCGCAUCGCAGCCCGGCGAGGCUCGCCGCUUCUCGUCGCGGCUGGUCAACCAGACGCUGCGGCAGGUGCUGCUCACCCUGUGGAACAUCUACUCCUUCUUCACCGGCUAUGCGACCAUCGACAAGUUCGACCCGUCGCAGAAGCCCGCUGGCUGGAAGCCGGAAAACGAGCUGGACCGCUGGGUGCUCUCGGAGCUCAACGAGCUGGUGGCCGAGGUCGACCGCUGCAUGGAGAACUACGACCCCACCAUGCAGGGCCGACGCAUCCAGGAGUUCGUUGACCGGCUAUCCAACUGUGUCCACCUCGCUGACUACCCCGUCGCCGACGAUUCGCUGGUGGACGACGACCUGAUGGAGGCAACACGGCUGGCCAUGCGGAUUUCCAGCAUGGGCAGGGCCGCGCGCUCCAAGUCCGGCCUCAAAGUGCGCCAGCCCCUGGCCUCGGCGGCAAUCAGGACGCGCACCCCAUCGGAGCGGGCAUUCGUCGCGCAGGUUCGCCCACAGAUUCUCGAUGAGCUGAACAUCAAGGACAUCGAGCUUCUGGACGACGACUCUGCUUUGGUCCAGCAGGCGCAGGAGCAGGCGGGCGGUGAGCCCGAGACUGUUGUAUCAGUCGGGCACUACACCGCGUCGCUGGAGGCAGGGUACCUGGUGGCAAUGAACGGAGAGAUCACUCCGGAAUUGGCGGAAGAGGGCAUGGCCCGCGAGCUGGUACACCGCAUCCAGGGCCUGCGCCGGGGCGCCAACUUUGAGGUCACCGACCACAUUCAGACUUGGUACGAGGCGCCUGAAGAACUGUCACAGGCCACAUACAUCGUGCCCGAGCUGCCCGAAGUAGAGAGCGUUCGGCGCAGCCUGUUGCGGUCCGGUCUCGCUGGGCGCACGAUAACCAGCGCCGAGAUUGGAUGGGCCAAGACGGUCAAGCAUCCGUCGGCGGAUGAGUUCGCCGCGUCGCUGGCAGGGCGCACGGUCGAGGACGUCGGGCGACGCGCCAAGUACCUGCUGUUUCCACUGGCGGGUCAGCCGGAAGCCACAUUCGUAGCGCACCUGGGGAUGACCGGCAACCUGGUAGUGCAGCCCGGCGAACAAGAACAGCACCCGAUGACGCGCCAUGUCUUCGCGCUGGACGACGGACGGGAGCUGCGCUUUGUCGACGGACGCAAGUUCGGCAAACUGUGGCUGGCCGACGAUCUCGGCAAGAUCCUGCCGCCGCUGGGCCCCGAGCCGCUGGGAGACGAGUUCACGACCGAAUGGCUGGCGGACUCACUGGCAAAACGCAAUGCGCCGGUCAAGGCGCUGCUGCUGGAUCAGUCCAUCGCCGCCGGGAUUGGCAACAUCUACGCCGAUGAGGCGUUGUUCCUGUCCGGCAUCCGGCCCGACCGUCCGGCAUCUGAAUUAUCGGCGGACGAGAUGGUGCGGCUGCGCCAGGGGAUCAUCGACUGCUUAAACGCCGGGUUCGCCGUCUACGACCGCGCCCGGGACCUCCGCUGGCCCGAGCCACCAGAGCCCAUGGGCACCUGGAGCCAUCCCCGCGACGCCGGUACUCCCUGCCCCAACUGCGGAGGCGAGAUUACAUCAACCCGCAUACGGGCGCGGGGGACAUGGUUCUGCCAGGGGUGCCAAGUUUAG